AUGACAGGACCUCUAUCAACUUCUGUUAGCGAUGGCAUACAAUAUAGUUCGUCAAUGGCUAAAUUCCUGGGCAAUGUGUCAAGAGCAAUCCUGAAAGAUCCCGGCUUACCGCAUCCGAAUCCUACAGUAUCGGCGUGGCAGGUUCCGGCCCAUCCCAUAGUGUCAUCCAUUCAGUCUACAGAGCUUCCAGAGUAUACUGACUUUGUUGUUAUCGGGUCCGGGAUUACAGGAUGCAGCGUUACUAAAGCCCUGCUAGAGCAUGGAGCCACCCAAGAUUCUCACGUUACAGUGUUAGAAGCGCGUACACUUGUGAGUGGCGCUACUGGGAGAAACGGUGGACAUCUCGUGACUGCUGCUGGUCAUACAUUUGGCCCUUUAGCUAAACAACAUGGGAUCGAAGCUGCAAAGCAAAUCACACGCUUUAGUAUAUUGAACAUACAGAAUAUGAUCGACAUGGUCAAGGCAAUGGAUAAGGCAGUACAGGAUGAUUGCCAGAUCAGAGAUGUCCGAAAGGUCAUGGCCGUUGGAGACGACGAAACGUGGACAGCUGCGAGAAACUCAGUUUUAGCCUUCCAGAGAAAUGUGCCUGAGUGUGAAGGUUACCAUCGUAUUGUCGAUGCGGAUGAAGUGCCUGAGAGAUGGAAUAUCCAGGGAGCAUCUGGAGCCAUUGAACACGAUGCUGGAGCCAUCUGGCCCUACCGUCUUUUGACCGGUAUUUAUCAGCGGCUACUGGCACAAUUUCCAAACAGGCUCGCCAUUGAGACUCAUACCCCAGUUACCGAAGUCGAAUUCUUGGGGAAUGCUGGGUAUCCAUAUACAGUAACCACAUGUCGCGGGACUAUCAAAGCCAAAAAGGUCAUUCACUGCACGAAUGGACAUGCAUCCCAUUUGCUUCCCCGGCUUUCCGGAAGGAUAUAUCCGUUUAGGGGAACAAUGUCGGUUCACAAGCCUGGCCCGGAGCUUGCAAACGUCGGUGCAUCCAGAUCCUGGAGUCUUUCCCAUAAGCCAACGCUUGACAUCAAAACUGGGUUGUACACCACUGGCCUUUACUAUCUCCAGCAAAAUGCUCUGACAGGACGAAUCUGGAUUGGAAACGAAACUGCAUAUAUGUCAGAUAUUCUAACUGCCGAUGACACAUACGUACCUGAAGCAGCUGUACAAGCUCUUUCCACAGUUCUCCCAAAGUUCUUCAUCAGAGGCUGGGGCUCUGAGUCUACUUCCGAGAUUGAAUCAAUAUGGUCCGGUAUUCAGGGCCAUACUGCAGACGGAUUACCUGUCGUUGGUCAGGUUCCUGCUACUGUCACCGGGAACGAAGAAGAUCAAGGGCAAUGGAUCGCAGCUGGAUUCAACGGAUAUGGCAUGGAUAAGUGUUGGUUGACUGGUGAAGCCCUGGUCAUGAUGAUGUUGGGGGAGGAUGUUAGUGGUUGGUUCCCCCAGUGCUAUCGAAUUACUGAGGAUCGGCUCCAGAGUCAGCUCACAGCCGAGGCCACAGUGACUAAGUUCGCCAGCUUGGCCUUAGAACCGUUAGACGCAAAGCUUUGA